AUGUUCGGACAGUACUCACUCGGUGGCAACCCGGCCGAUGGCGCCUUUCGAGUGCCCAAGCUCAACCACAAGAAGUCGAGGUACGGCUGCCAGCGGUGUCGCACUCGGCGGGUCAAGUGUAACGAGGCAAAGCCCGUCUGCCAGCACUGCGAGCGCCACCGGGCCAAGUGCAUCUAUGAUCGCCUCCCGCAGAAGAAUAGGGAGGAAGAGACCUCCCCGAAGUCCUUCAGUGUGGCCCCGGCUGGCGAAUCGAGGACUUCCGAGACCGGUUCAGCCAAGCACUCGCCUCUGUCGGCCGUGGAUCCGCUGGACGAAGAUGCUAUCGAGACGAAGCAGCGACGGUUGCUGGAGACGAGGCUGAUGCACCUCUAUCUCACCGAGACGGGGCCCUCGCUCCCCAUCGAUGACAAGACGUUCAGCGUCUUUGCCAAAAAGAUCCCCAAGAUGGCCCUGGACUCGGAGGCCCUGCUGUAUGCCAUCUAUGCUCUCGCGGCCAUCCACUCGCUCAUCUGCCACAUCGACGACUCCUUUGACGGGCUCGACGUGCAUAGGCGCUACCUCGCAAUGGCUGUCCACGAGCAUCAGAGGGAAGUCAGUGAGCUCAACGAGUCCAACUUUGAAGUCGUAUGCCUCACGUCCCACAUGCUGCGCAUCAGCACCUUUGCAACGCUGCGCUUCCGGAGCCGCGAGCCGUACACUCCCCCCCUCGAGUGGAUCCUGAUAACGGGGACGACGCAAGCACUGUUCAACAAGGCCUGGGGCAUCAUCAUGGCGCACCCCGAGUCCAUCGUGUCGGGCAUGAUGAAGAGCUCGCCCGCCAUCUACGACGCGCAGGCCAAGUUCGGCGAGGCGCACCGGCGGGGCCUGGAGUUUCUCCUCGAGCGGGAUGCCGAGGACCUGGUGGCCGAGCCGUGGGACGUGGAGAUCCGGGACGCGUACGAGACGACGCUGAGCUACAUUGGAGGCGUCCUGCACCUGCUGCACCCCAGGGACGGCGUUUACGACGUGGAUGAUGCGAGGCGGAGGAUGGUCAUCUUCCCCAUGGCGGUGAAGAAGAAGUUCCUGGAGCUCACCUCGGAGGUGCGGCCGAGGGCCAUGGUGAUUCUGGCGUACUAUUUCUCGAUUCUCGUGAUUGAAAAGCUGUGGUGGGUUGGCGAUGUGGGCAAGAUGGAGGUCAAGGGCAUUGCCGCCAACUUGCCGGCCAAAUGGCGGAGAAUGGUGGAGUGGCCGAUGCGGGUGGUUGAGACGGGGAGGAUCUUGCCAUUGUCGUAA